GCUUGCGCAGCGCCAGUCAGUCGCGGUUAGCGCUCGCAACCCGAAGGCUUCAGUCAGCGCGCGAAAUUUAAAAAAAGAAUUUUAAAACAAUUGUUUUUUUCACGUCGUUCAGUGAUUGUGCCAGUGCUGUAUUGUGUGUGUAUUUUACCGAUGUUUAUCUGUGGACGUAUGCGAUAAAGUAUAAGGUCACCCGAGAUGAUUCACGUGGAUGAAACAGAUCCUGUUGGAGAAAUCGAGCCGCCGUUUCAAUAUCGAGAUGUCACGAUCAAACGCGGUACAGACGUCAAUGAAUACUAUGAAAUGCUGUCAGAAAUUGGAAGAGGGAAAUUCGGAACAGUAUACCUCUGCAGAGAGAAGAGUACAGGCUUAGAGCUUGCAGCCAAGCUGGUUUCCGUCAACCGAAGAGAUGAGCGCCGCAACGUGGAGAGAGAAGUCGAUGUGAUGAGGAGACUACGACACCCGAGGCUGAUCCAGCUCUAUGACGCAUACGAGUGGGGGAAAUACAUGUGUGUUGUAUUGGAACUGAUAACUGGCGGUGAACUUUUCGAGCGAGUGAUCGAUGAGGACUUCGUGCUAACAGAACGAGCCUGUACCGUGUUCAUGCGGCAAAUAUGCGAGGGGAUUGACUUUGUCCAUAGACAAAAUAUUCUCCAUCUUGACAUGAAGCCGGAGAACAUUCUGUGCCUCACGAAGGCAGGAAAUCGCAUCAAGAUUAUCGAUUUUGGACUGGCUCGUUUCUAUGAUCCUGAGAAAAAGCUUCAAGUACUUUUUGGCACACCAGAGUUUGUUGCACCUGAAGUUGUCAACUUCGACCAGAUUGGUUAUGGGACUGAUAUGUGGUCCAUAGGAGUCAUUUGCUAUGUGCUAUUGUCAGGACUCUCUCCGUUUAUGGGCGAAACAGAUAUAGAAACAAUGGCGAACGUUACAGUGGCAAAGUAUGACUUCGAUGACGAGGCGUUCAAUGAGAUCUCUGACGACGCAAAAGAUUUCAUUCGAAAACUUCUCGUGAAAGAUAAAGAGUCACGGCCGAGUGCAACGGAGUGCUUACGACACAGUUGGCUCAUCAAACGGUCGCCGCUAAAACAAGAUAGACCGCGAAAGCAGCCGCAACUCUCCCCGAAACAAGAGUUAGAUAUGGCGAAAGACAAUCUACGGCUCUUCGUCGAACGAUGGAGUGAACACCCCAACUCCCCAUAUGUCUUCGAUAACCAAUCACAAGAGAUAUUAACUCUUGAUAAUGGUGAAAGGUCGUCUAUUGGAGGUUGUUCACCAUCACCAAGAAGUUCUCUAAGUAGUUCUCCAGAUUAUGUGUUUGAGGACCGUGAUUUCGAGCCGCCACCACUAAGAGAUCCUUCAGACUUCAAAACUAGAUACAAUCCAGUCGAAAGAAGAGCAUCAGACAGCAGUUGUUUCCUCCACAAAAGACCGGAUGUUUUAGUAAGGAAGAACCUAGCUGAAGAGAUCAAGAAAUUGUCUGAUCAUCUCUUCAUGCUCUCUACGAUGAAUACAGAUUUAACGAAUAAUAACAGCAAUAAAGAAAUGGAUAAAAACAGUACAGAAAUAAAAAGAAGUAGGGACGAAAAACGGCUUCCAAAUGGUUUUAAAACUGAAACCAAAACGUUUACAAAAAUAACAAAUGGUGAUGCUACUGAUAGAAAAGUUAUCACCUCGAAAUCAACUCACAAAAUAACAUCAACGUUUUUAACGGAUAAAGAACCAGAAAGACCGAUGACUAGUAAAAUGCCCUGGGUCAAAUCAAGGCCUAAGAAAAGAGUUACAAGUACAAGUCGUGACGUACCUGAUCAGCCCACAGACAAACGAAACACAUUCUUCGAUGAAUUUGAUCGGCGUCGUGAAAAGAUUGACAAAUUGGUCAAUGGUAGCGAAAAUGGCCGACAGGUGCCAUAUAGAAGAGGCGACGAAAACAAUGCGCGUCGAACAAAAGAUCUGCUAUUACAUCUUCUUGAAAAAUGGGGAGAAACAGAGGAAGUAGAAGCUGAAAGAACUGCAGGUGGAACCUCUAACGGUGGUCGACAUCAAUCAAUAUCCUUAGAAUGGUCACCUUCUAACCAGCUAGCUCAAAACUCCAUGUCAAGUCUCCAUGCAUUCUUCAAACGGCAGACUUCUGAAGAAAAGCUCCAAAGGAAAAAAGUGACAAGUGAUUAUACGAGCUCCAAAUGAUUUUAUAGGGACUGUGCCAUGACAUUAUUCAGAAACGUUUAUUAUAGUGAAAAGUGUUAAAAAGUUCCAACUACAUAUACAUAUUUUACUACUACAUAUUUUCCAAGCCCUCAACACUAAAAGAAAUUACAGAACCACUAAAUAUAAUAAUAUUAGAAGAGAAAUUCUCUUCAAUUCGCUUUCGUACUCUGCCUCUUCCCAAAUUAUUAAUUAUUAUUAUAUGUGAAUAAUGGCGCUGCGGUGAUCACAAUGGUUCGAUCAAAUAAACAGCAGCGACCUUAGGAACUGAUGAUAAUGAAUGUGCAUUCAUUGCACUCAUCGAUGAUAAAUUUCAACUGUCAAACUGUGACAGUUUAUCAAAAUGACGUCUAUCGUUAGUUCCUGCUUCAGCCACAUUCAUUCCGUUAGUAAAUCCUAAUCAAUUAAUUGUCCAUCGCCACUUUAUAAAAUUUAAUUAAAUUAUUGAAAAUAUUUGAUGUAAAUAACAUCUUUUAUAUUAUAGACCUCGACCUGUAUAUUUCUUCAUAACCUAAUGACACUUUUCACAUUGGGCAAAACCUAGGUAGGUACUUAGUGAGAUAUUACGAUAUAUACAUAAAAUAAUUAAUAAUGGCAGGAAUGGCGCCCAAACUGUUACAUCAAAAUCAAAAUCAGAAUCAGAGUAUUUUUUUGUAUAAUUCUCCGCCGCCAUUUUAACAAAUAACUACUGAUUUAAAUGUAUAAUACUUAAGUCCUGUUGGGUCGUUUGUUAGAAGAUUCUUUGCCGAGAUUAUGUAUAGGUACCUAUCACUAAACUUGUGGUGAUGAUAAAUAAGUUUCUGAAUAUACCUUAGGUUACCAAAGUAGGAAAUGACAUUAUAGAUGUAAGGUUGAAAAUGACAUUAGACAAUUACGAAUCUAGUCUCCAUAUUACUCAAACCUGUUCACCCGAACAGAACAAGACUGAGAUUACAUCAAUUUCGAAAUUUUUACAUAACAUUGACACUAUGAGAUAAUUUUCAGAGCGCCAUUGGCGCAAUAAUACUUUUUGAAAUGAAUUACUUUUUUCUUCCUUAUCUCAUUUAUUAAAGAAUGUAAUUGGUAUUGAAAAGGUUGAUUUUUCAGACAAAUCAUUCAAUAACCAUCUUAUUCAUAAUUACUUCAUCUAAACCUAUCGAACUGUUAUGUCACUUUCUGUCAAAUUAAAAUGACGUUUGAACUCAAAAUUAAAUGUAGGCUAACCUACAUCAAUAAAACAGCGUUUUUUGCCCAUAAAUAUAAAGGUGGUUUUUCUUGUAAUCGAGUAUAUUGAAAAAUAUGAUAUAUGACUAUGACAUACAUAAAUGAUUUAAAUAUUCAUAAUUUAUUGUAUUUUAGUUUCAGCUGAUGGUCUUGUUACCAAUGCUCUAAAUUUUGGAGCAUGUUUAGUCUAAAUAAAUAAACAGACAGACAGAAGGGGGCUUACAACUCGGUAGCUAAAAUAGGUUUCAGAAAUGGUUGGUGACUGGUGUUAUUAUUAAUGAGAUGGUUUUACUUUACACAUACAUACUUUAAUGAUAAUAAUUAAUAACAUAGAAUCAAAAAUAUAUUGAAUCAAGGAAUCUAAGAUCUAGUUCAUAUGUAAACAUUAAAUGUUAAUAAAAAUUGUCUGAAUGUUGUGCUAAUGGUGAUUUCUGAGUCGACAUAAUUAAUAAUUCUACAUUUUUAUACUAUUUUGUACAUAAUACGUAAAUUGUAAUACCCUCCAUGAUUGAAGAUUGUUCCUUAACUGUACUUAAUCGAACUGUUUGUGCUGUAUUAAUUAAUUUAUUGUUAAUCUUAACGUUUUAUUAAAUUAUAAGAUUUAAUAAAU